UCCUCAAAAUCUCUCCCAUCCGCUAUUUGAUGAUGGAGCUUCUUUGAGCGCCUAAAACGGAUGACAGCUCGUUAUUGAACUAACAAAUGCGCCAGAAGUGAGCGAACCUCUGUAGAUUAACAGUGAAAGCGGUCCGGGAAGGCGCAGACAUGUCGGCGAGCGCUGUUUAUGUGUUGGAUCUGAAGGGGAAGGUGCUGAUCUGUCGUAAUUACCGCGGGGAUGUGGACAUGUCCGAGAUCGAGCAUUUCAUGACCCUGCUGAUGGACAAGGAGGAGGAGGGAACGCUCUCGCCCAUCCUGGCUCACGGGGGAGUUCGCUUCAUGUGGAUCAAACACAACAACCUGUACCUUGUUGCAACGUCUAAGAAAAAUGCUUGCGUCUCGCUGGUUUUCUCCUUCCUCUACAAAAUCGUUCAGGUUUUCUCCGAAUACUUCAAGGAGCUGGAGGAGGAGAGCAUCAGAGAUAAUUUCGUCAUAAUCUACGAGCUGCUGGAUGAACUCAUGGACUUUGGAUACCCGCAAACUACUGACAGCAAGAUCCUUCAGGAGUACAUCACGCAGGAAGGUCACAAGCUGGACACGGGCGCCCCGCGGCCCCCCGCCACGGUCACCAACGCCGUCUCCUGGAGGUCAGAGGGCAUCAAGUACAGGAAGAACGAGGUCUUCCUGGACGUCAUCGAGUCGGUCAACCUCCUGGUCAGCGCGAACGGUAACGUCCUUCGCAGUGAGAUCGUUGGCUCCAUUAAGAUGAGAGUGUUCCUCUCAGGAAUGCCGGAGCUGCGUCUGGGUCUGAACGACAAGGUUCUGUUUGAGAACACCGGCCGCGGAAAGAGUAAGUCGGUGGAGCUGGAGGACGUCAAGUUUCAUCAGUGUGUGCGUCUGUCUCGAUUUGAGAACGAUCGAACUAUCUCCUUCAUCCCUCCGGACGGAGAGUUUGAGCUGAUGUCCUACCGCCUCAACACGCAUGUGAAGCCGCUGAUCUGGAUCGAGUCUGUGAUUGAGAAGCAUUCACACAGCAGAAUCGAGUACAUGAUCAAAGCCAAGUCUCAGUUCAAGCGGCGCUCCACUGCCAACAACGUGGAGAUUCAUAUUCCGGUCCCGACCGACGCAGACUCGCCCAAGUUUAAGACCACGGUGGGCAGCGUGAAGUGGGUCCCGGAGAACAGCGAGAUCGUUUGGUCCAUCAAGUCUUUCCCUGGAGGUAAGGAGUAUCUGAUGAGGGCUCACUUUGGACUCCCCAGCGUCGAGGCGGAGGACAAGGAGGGAAAACCACCAAUCAGUGUGAAGUUUGAGAUUCCCUAUUUCACCACCUCUGGAAUACAGGUGCGUUACCUGAAGAUCAUCGAGAAGAGCGGCUAUCAGGCUCUGCCGUGGGUGAGAUACAUCACCCAGAACGGAGACUAUCAGCUGCGGACUCAGUAAACGUGAAGAAUUAGCCUGGAGGAUCAUGGGAAGCGUCUCUGUCUGUCUCUCUCUGCUGUAUGUAGAGACCCCGCACUCAUCUGCAGUAUUCACCGCACACCAGCGCUUCGAAUCCAUUCAGACCGAUACAACUCGCCUGUGGAUUUCAACUGAAUCUUUCACACCCUGCGAUUCAGAUUCUGUCCAAAUGCUCCUAUACUGAAUCUCCAGAACAUGCGAACCUUAUAAAUCUUCACUUGGAGGAAUCGUGUGAACCUUUACUUGGAGGAAUUGGAUAAAUCUUUACUUAAUAGAAUCAUACGAAUCUUUAAAUCAUACGAAUCUUUACUUUGAAUCAUGCAGAUCUUCUUAGAAUCGUAUACUUGGAAGAAUCAUAUUAGUUUGGUUAUUAAAACCAUAUGAUUCUUUACUCAUAAGACUUUACUUUCGAUUCAUUCAGAUUCCUAUAUUGUCACAAUGAAUCACAUUCCUUUCUAAUUCUCGUUGAUUCUUUUGAUUUUGUUGAGAUAUGAGAGGAUUUCAAAGAUUCAUACAUGCCGAUUCAUUCGCAGCGAAUCGUUUCCUGGCCGUUCCUCAUGCUUUAACUGGCGUACUGCAGAUGUGUGUGUGUCGGUGUGUGUGUGUGUGUGUGUGUGUGUGUGUGUUUGACAGUAAACUGGAGUCACGUUCCUUUACAUUCAUGCAAACGUAGCGCAGUCUUUAUCCAGCGGUACCACGUUGAAUCUCGGCGGAGGAAGUGUUCGUAAGAGUCACAUUUCAAACGCUUUCACGCUGUAGACGCUUCAUGUUUUUGCGGCUGUCUAUCAGAUGAAUAUGAUGCUGCGUCUUACAUCGUACGUCUGUUACAUCGAUUCAAAAGUCAAAAAAGGUCAGCCGAAUCGUCUCUUACUGAAUCGUUUGUAUUUGUAGGUCAUUCGGUUCAGUGCUUCGUGUCAGGGACGUCCUCAGAUAUAGGUUAUUAAUAUUCAGUAUUUUUUUUUUUGAAGUCAUUCCUUUUAGUUUUUGUAUUUGAUAGUUUAUUUAUAGUUUGUUGUAAUUCAGUAUUAUCGGCUGCAGUACCUCAUGAGUUUACUACGCUGCUAAAAUGCAGAAUUACACUCGACUGAAACUGUUCGACACGCAACUCAAAGCUAAAGUCAACCGUGGUGCCAUUUUAAAAAUAGUUCGUUUUUGUUUUUUGAUUAAUUUGUUGAUUCGCGUCGUUUCAUUUGCCUUCGAAGGAUGGAAUGUAAAGGUUACCGUGUUUACUGUGGUACGGCCUGCGGUGGAGAUGAAAUGAGACGUAAUUGCAUUCCUCUUGAAAUGUUCCUGAAUCUCACUCAAAUAAUUGACCUCUCUCUGUUCACCUCAUCAAUAAAGUACCUGUUUCAAAAAGA